GUAAACCCACCAAGAACCUCCACCUCUAACACUAUGGUCAGCUCCUGUUGUGGCUCUGUCUGCUCUGAGGAGGGCUGUGGCCAAGGCUGCUGCCAGCCCAGCUGCUGCCAGACCACCUGCUGUAGGACCACCUGCUGCCGCCCCAGCUGUUGUGUGUCCAGCUGCUGCAGGCCUCAGUGCUGCCAGUCUGUGUGUUGCCAGCCUACCUGCUGCCGCCCCAGCUGUUGCCGCCCCAGCUGCUGUGUGUCCAGCUGCUGCAGACCUAGCUGCUGCCAGUCUGUGUGCUGCCAGCCCACCUGCUGUCGCCCCAGCUGCUGCCGCCCCAGCUGCUGCAUCUCCAGCUGCUGUCAACCCUCCUGUGGUAGCUCCAGCUGUUGUGGUUCCAGCUGCUGCCGCCCCUGUUGCCGCCCCUGCUGCCGCCCCUGCUGCUGUUUGAGACCAGUCUGUGGUCAGGUCUGCUGCCAAACCACUUGCUACCGCCCCACUUGUGUCAUCUCCACCUGCCCCCGCCCCAUGUGCUGUGCCACCCCCUGCUGCUGAGAACUUUCUUGAACAUAGCCACUCUUUUCAGCCUCCUGUGUACCUCAUAACCAUCUUGAGAGAGCCCUUUCCUGUCAUUUGUGUGUUCAUGCCCCAGACUCAGGAAAACUGCCUCUGGUGACUUCUAUGUCAUUUCAGGCUAAACCAUGGAAUUGGAGGUUAAGAAAUUAAUAUAGAAGGAGAUGAAAGUGGAUCCUGAAAGGGUGACAGGAGGAAUGGAAAUGUUAAUGUGAUCAAAACCCAUUGUAUGCAUGUACGAAUCUCUUAAAUAAUUAAUAUGAAAUACUGAAUUUUUGAAAAGAAACUAAUAAGAGUGCAGCCUUCUCAGCUCACAUGUGGAAAUAUAUCCAGCAUCCGUAGAGUCAGGUCAAACCUUCAGAGCUGAAAGUCUCAUGGUACUGUCUUGUUUUCCUUCAACUGUAACAUUUCUGUAUCUUGCUGCUGUUAUUUCUAAAUAAAAUUCAUUUAACUGGAAUAG